CCCUCAGGGACACCCGGCGAGUCUGCCACCAGCAAUGACCCCGAGCGGGAAGAUGUUGUAUUUUGUCCUUGUCCUUUUCUUCCUGUUGACUCAGUGUCCGUCAGGGUGCCAGGCGGGACUGGAGUAUUCCCAGCCGUUCCCAGGAGGUGAUUUCGCUGCGUGUGAGUCGUGCAUGCUGGGCCGGGGCAAGUGCCGGAGGGUGUGCACCGAGGACGAGAAGGCGGUCGGAGGCUGCAAGUUGAACUUCUUCUGCUGCCGACGGAGGGUGUGAGCCGGCCGGCGCCCCCUCUGAAGGAGCCCCCGAUAGUCAAAGAUGAUCUUGAUAAAAAAAAGCCAGACGUGAGUGGGUACCUAAUAGCUGGAAGGCGCGAGUGACUCCUCAAUUUCAACCAGAUGCUACCACUGCAUAGCUGCGGAGGAUGUCAUCACCGAUGAACCCCUUCCCCACGCUCUGCUCGCGUGGCCCGAGGUCUCCCUCUGCGGUGCAUGGUGUCAUCUCAUGGACACUGGAAGAAACUGAGACCCAGAGGGUCACAGCUGAAUCAGGGAAGGCUGCACACACCACCGCCACACUCUGUGCACCUGUCUGUGUGUACCAAUUCUCACAAAACAGAAAACCAUCUGUGAUAAUGGAGCUCUGUUUCUACAGAAGACAAUAAAUGAC